CUGCCUGUACCGGUGUAGACGGUGUGGGUCGUGGCCGCGGAUUCUGCGGUUCUCCCCUCCCCUACUCUCCUCCCUCCCUCCCUUUCCCUCCCUCGACGGCGGUCGGUCGUCCGUCGCAGACUCCCUGACCCGUCCCUAACCCCUUUCUGACCUCGGGGCCACCGGAUUGGCCUUUUCCCGUUUCCCGGCCCAACCCCAGAGUCAGGGCGGGGCCCUUGAGGAGGCGGAGGCGGUGCCACGGAGGAGAGAAAAGACGAGACGACCCUCGGCUCCCCCGCCGGAUCGCACGGCUCGCAGCCACCAUGGCGAUGAGGCAGACGCCGCUCACCUGCUCGGGCCACACGCGGCCCGUGGUGGAUCUGGCCUUCAGUGGCAUCACGCCUUACGGCUAUUUCCUGAUAAGCGCAUGCAAAGAUGGUAAACCUAUGCUACGCCAGGGAGAUACAGGAGACUGGAUUGGAACAUUUUUGGGUCAUAAGGGUGCUGUUUGGGGUGCAACACUAAAUAAGGACGCCACCAAAGCAGCUACAGCAGCUGCAGAUUUCACAGCCAAAGUGUGGGAUGCUGUCUCAGGAGAUGAAUUGAUGACCCUGGCUCAUAAACACAUUGUCAAGACUGUGGAUUUUACACAGGAUAGUAAUUACUUGUUAACCGGGGGACAGGAUAAACUGUUACGCAUAUAUGACUUGAACAAACCUGAAGCAGACCCUAAGGAAAUCAGUGGUCAUACCUCUGGUAUUAAAAAGGCUCUGUGGUGCAGUGAGGAUAAACAGAUCCUUUCAGCUGAUGAUAAAACUGUUCGCCUUUGGGAUCAUGCUACUAUGACAGAAGUGAAAUCUCUAAAUUUUAAUAUGUCUGUUAGCAGUAUGGAAUAUAUUCCUGAGGGAGAGAUAUUGGUAAUAACUUAUGGACGAUCUAUUGCUUUUCAUAGUGCAGUAAGUUUGGACCCAAUUAAGUCUUUUGAAGCUCCUGCAACCAUCAAUUCUGCAUCUCUUCAUCCUGAGAAAGAAUUUCUUGUUGCAGGGGGUGAAGAUUUUAAACUUUAUAAGUAUGAUUAUAAUAGUGGAGAAGAAUUAGAAUCCUACAAAGGACACUUUGGUCCCAUUCACUGUGUGAGGUUUAGUCCUGAUGGAGAACUCUAUGCUAGUGGUUCUGAAGAUGGAACAUUGCGACUAUGGCAGACUGUGGUAGGAAAAACAUACGGCCUUUGGAAAUGUGUGCUUCCUGAAGAAGAUAGUGGUGAGCUGGCAAAGCCGAAGAUCAGUUUUCCAGAGACAGCAGAAGAGGAGCUAGAAGAAAUUGCUUCAGAGAAUUCAGAUUCCAUCUAUAGUUCAACUCCUGAGGUUAAGGCCUGAGCAUCAGGCAGAUGUACACAACUUAUGGACUAAAACAAACAGAGAAAAGCAUCAGCCUCCAGAGUUACUCUCUGCUUAAGGCAAACAUGAGCAGUAAAUAAUGAGGAAUAUGAAUUAGCUCCAGUGCUGGAACUAACCAACUUGGUGAUACCUGUAAGUGAAAACACAAGAGUAUCAGCUGAAGGCGGAUGGAGUGAUACUCUUGUAGUACGAUAGUCUGUUGUCUUUUUCAUGAAUAUGUGCAAACCAACAUCCAAUUUCUCUUAUUACAGGUAGAUUUCUUGUAGCUGUUUAUGUUAUUAUGAAGAGGGAAAAUAUAUUGGCCUAUUUUUCUGACUUUUCCCUUAAAGCAGAAAGCCAUUUUUUUUUUGCUUUAGUUAUAAAGAAGAGGGGGAAUACAUGAUAAAGUAACUGGUUUGAUUUCUCUUUCAUUGUACACUGCUUCUGAACAUCUAAUUGUUUUUAGUUGUCUAAAUAAAAUGCCUCUAAAACAAAA